CGGAUGUAAGAUUCAGUGGCCUUCCAGUAUUUCGCCAGCCCCAAUUGCAAAGUACAUAUAAAUCGUCAAAUUUUCCGGUCUGUAUUUCAUUCUUCAGCCUACAUAGACUGAAGCCGUUCUGUUCGUACAUUCCCCACUCCUUUCGUUUAAAGAAAAAAACACAACAAUGCGUUUCACUACUGCUAUCGUCGCUGCCAUCCUCCAGCUUGCCGCUGCUAUUGCAAAUCCAACAAACGUCGAGAAACGUGCUUCUUGUACGCUUACCAGCUUCAGCGACCUUGCUUCGGUCAAGUCCAGCUGCACUACCAUCACCGUCGGUAAUCUUGCCGUCCCAGCGGGACAGACUUUAGACUUCUCGGGCCUGAUCAGCGGCACCAAGAUAAUCUUUACCGGCACCGUGACUUUCGGAUACGUGGAAUGGGAAGGCCCUCUCGUGACCGUCGGCGGAAGCAAGAUCACCAUUACCGGUAGCCCCGGCCACCUAUUCAACGGUAAUGGUGCCUCUUGGUGGGACGGCCUGGGUGGCAACGGCGGAAAGAUAAAGCCCAAGUUCUUCGCCGCUCGUUUGACCGAUUCGACAGUUACCGGUCUCAACAUCAAGAACACCCCUCGCAAUUGCUUCAGCGUCAACAAGUGCACGAACCUGACGAUCGAUUCGGUGAUCUUUGACAACCGCGAUGGAGACGUCACCAAUGGCGGUCAUAACACCGAUGCUUUCAAUGUUGGCUCCUCCACUGGCAUCACCAUCAACAAUGCCACGGUUUACAACCAGGACGACUGCUUGGCUGUCAACAGUGGAGAAAACAUCGUCUUUUCUAACAACUACUGCUCAGGUGGCCACGGUGUGUCCAUCGGAUCCGUCGGCGGCCGCACCGACAACAUCGUCAAAAAUGUUACCAUCUCCGAUACCAGUAUCGUGAACUCUGAUAACGGCGUCCGUAUCAAGACCGUCUACAACGCGACGGGCUCGGUUUCCGACAUCACUUAUUCCGGCAUCACGUUGCUGAACAUCGCCAAGUACGGCAUCGUCAUUCAGCAGGACUAUGAGAACGGUUCCCCAACCGGCACUCCCACCGCCGGGGUCCCCAUCACCGGCCUCACCCUGAAGAGUGUCAAGGGCACCGUUGCGUCGAGCGGUACCAACAUCUACAUCCUCUGCGCCUCGUGCUCCAACUUCUCCUGGUCGGGUGUGUCGGUAACUGGAGGAAAGAAGUCCACCAAGUGCCAGGGUGUUCCGUCGGGUGUCAGUUGUUAAGCGGCACACCGGCGAAGCGGCUUUGGUGGGGCCGUUAAAGACAUGGCUGGUUGUGAAAUAACUGUAUCAUAUAAGAGAGAAUGGGAAUAUAUGUG